AUGAAGGGCUUUAUCAUCUUGAGCCUGGUCCCUGCCCUCUUGGCAGCACCGACCCAGACGCUGGAGCGCCGUCAGAUAAACGGCGUGGUUCCAUCUGCUGCACCCAUGCUGAGCGCUGGCGCACCGGCGAUGGCAGCUCCUGCCCCCAGUGGCCCGGCUCCUGCUAGUGGAGGAGGCGCCGCCGGAGAACAGUCUGGGGGAAGUAGCGGCGGCGGUGGUGGUGGUAACAAUGGGCUGGGUGAUCUUGCGAAGUUGAUCGGACAAGGUGUUCAAGGGAUCACCAAGCUCAUCAGCAGCAUUGCAGGAGGUGCCUCUGGCGGUGGCGGCGAGAGCGGCGGCGGCGGCGGCGGCGGAGGGGGUGAUGGGCUAGGGGACCUGACCAAGCUCAUCGGAGAAGGAGCAAAGGGCCUAAGUAGUCUCGCUGGAGCCGCUGGAGGUGCCGGUGAGGGACUUGGGGAUCUCACAAGUCUUAUUAGCAAUGCUGCUGGUGGCCUUGGAAGCAUUGGUAGCCUCUUGGGGGGUCUCGGCGGGCUGGCUCGCAGAGACAUAACUCCUGAACUUGUGCAACGAGCGAUCGAAGAUAUCAAAGCAGCUGAACAAGAUGACGACGACGAUGGCUGUAUCAUAGACAAACUAUAUGGCAAUCUCUGA